UUGUGGUAGUGGUUAUCGACCGUCAAGACUUAUGCUCGUUUAUACAAACAGCUUGUGCCAAGGCUAAUCGAGAGAUAGCCAGAAGUUCUAAAAAAUUCGAUUCGAAAUGAAAAUUAUUGGUAAUUUGAUGAUCUUUGUCCUUGUGGGUUUGAUUUUUAUUCAGGGUUUUUCGUUUGGUACCUCAACUGAAGACUUGCAAAUGAAAGUUAAAGAACCUUCCAGUUUUCGACCCUCAUCGUCUGAAAUGUGUGACAUGUUAGAGAAAGCAAACCUCGAAAACCGUGGCUUCCAAAAAGAGGUUGUCAGAAAGUCGUUUCAGAAGCCUGGAAGAACAAGAUCGGAUUUUGAGACGGUGUAUAAUUAUGAAAAAGUAGUGAACUGCUCUGUGGGUGCCAUUGAAAAAAUGGGAGUGGAAUUGAACACUUCCUUGCCAGUUAAGAAAAGGAUCCGUAGACUCUUUGCCUUUAGCAUUAAAGCAUCUAUAAGACUCAAGCUUCAAGGUGUAGUUUUCAGAGUUCCCCGUGUUAACUAUACCGGUAUUCCCUUCUUGUAACGCAAACUAUUAAAAGACGAUUGCUUGUUAUUGAUAGUACGCUAUCACACUUGUUAUAAUUAGUGUGCUCGUAGCCGAAACGAAACCAAUAAACUUGGAGAAGAAUAAGAGGGUGGGUGAUGAAGCUGUAUAGAAAGUAAAAGUUAAAAAGGCGGAAAAUGGGAACUCUAAUAAAUAUCGUUACAAUUGCUCUUUCCAGG